AUGGCGACGCCGCGCACGGCGCAGUGCUGGGCCGCGUCGGCGCCCAAGGAGAAGCUGCACAAGACCGCCGUGGAGCUCGCGCCUUUGGGCCACAACGGCGUCGAGGUCAAGGUGACGCACUGCGCGAUCUGCGGCAGCGACGUGCACCUCCUCGAGGCCGACGGCGGCUACGCGGACUUUGGCGCGUGGCCGAAGAAGCAGGUCUGCGGCCACGAGAUCGUCGGCAAGGUCACGGGCGUCGGCGCGGGCGUCGGCCACCUCGCGGUCGGCCAGCGCGUGGGCGUCGGCUGGCAGAACGGCGCCUGCCACGACUGCGAGUGGUGCCUCAACGGCGACGAGCAGCUCUGCCCCGCGGUGUCGUGCACGUGCUGCGAGGGCCAGGUCGGGGGCUUCGCGGACUACGUCCGGCUCGCGGACGCCAGGUUCGCCUACGCGCUGCCCGACUCCCUCGACUCGGCGAAGACGGCGCCCCUGCUCUGCGGCGGCCAGACCGUGUGGACGCCCCUGCGCCAGCAGGCGAAGCGCGACGACCGCGUCGGCAUCCUCGGGCUCGGCGGCCUCGGUUCCAUGGCGCUGACGUUCGCGGGCAAGAUGGGCUUCCGCCGCGUCGUCGCCGUGUCGUCGUCGGGCGCGAAGAAGGACAAGGCGCUGGCCCUCGGCGCGACGGACUACUGCGACCACUCGUCGGCCGAGGACCUCGCCAAGUUCGCGGCGUCGCUCGACUUUCUGUUGGUGACGCUCGCGACGACGCGCGAGCUGCCCGACGUCGGCAAGUUCUUCGCGCUGCUGCGGCCCCGGGGCACGGCCUGCUUCGUCGGCAUGUGCCCGCCCAUCACGGCCGACGUCUUCACGCUGGGCUUCACGAUGAACAACAUCACGACGUCGAACACGGGCGGCCGCAAGGACAUGCGCGACAUGCUCGACUUCUGCGCGCACCACGGCAUCGGCGCCACCAUCGAGACGCGGCCCAUGGACGACGUCAACGCGGCGCUCGAGGACCUCAAGACGUCCCACGGCAUCGUCCGCUACGUCCUCUGCAACGACGUCGACGACGAGCCCAUCGCCACGGCCGGAUGA